AACACCAGCUAAUGUCCAUCGUUUAGAUAUGGUCCUCGAGGAUGUUACAGAGUAUGAGACGACACCCCAAGGCAAAAAGAAGACGCAUCUUGCGCAGACGCUUUUGAACGGGAAUAAUAUCUGUAUGUUAAUUCCUGGCAGUUCUGGCCCAGAGGAUACGUAGAAUCACUCUUCCAGCAUGUAUCUCAUUUGUAACAUAGCGACGUGCAUACUUGUUUUCGUGUUUAGUAGCUACAGAGCGUGACAAAAAAGUCACAACUGUGACAACUACUUCGCGCAACCACCAUGCCGAUGCGACUUCGGUUUGCGAUGCAUGGAGUUCGUAACCGCCGCAUCCUCCAUCUCGUCGCAAUAAAUCAACGCAAAGCGCGAAAUGCGAAGCCUGCAGAGUUGCUGGGCAUUUACGACCCAAAUUUGCGUCCGGGGCAGGACGAGAAAAAGAUUGAAUGGAGUGUGGACAGGAUACGGUACUGGCUCAGUGUAGGCGCUGUACCCAGCAAGUCAGUGGUCAAGCUGUUGGAAGCAGUGCGUUCAUAUUUAGUUUCAUUUGUUUGUCUAUUCUCAAUUUGUAGCUAGGGAAAAAUACUAUCUCCAGAUUCACCGUACUCGACAGCUGCCCGUUUGCAGCCCAAAUACCCCGUUACAGCGGAGGCUCCCAUACCGUCUGAGGAGACGACAACGCCGGCUGAAACAGAGGCGACCUCAUAAUGGCGAUUCACCCGUAGACGUCAAGAGGACAGUAG